GCAUUUUGUGCAGCGGAGGAGGAAAGGAGGAGAGACUGCUGAGGUGGAGACAGAGGGGACCCUGAGACAACACGUCCCACGCCAGAGCCAGACAGCCAGGGAACUUUGAUUUGACGCCAAGUAGCCCGCGACGAAAAUGACGAUGAAGAGCAAGAGCCACGUUUCUUCUUCUUCUUCUUCUUGGGAGGCUUAGACAUGUCGGGCGUGUGCAACAUAUGAUGUCCUUGGACUCAUGUGCUCAAUGAAGAUUUAUUUGUCUGUGAUUUCGCUCUUCCACUCGCUGAUGGUGCCGCUCCGUUGUGCCUGCACUUAGGUCAGCCGAAUGCAUUUGAAGGCAGUCUGAGCGCAUUGUUUCCAGCUCCGUUGCAUAUGGGAUUUCCAGCCGUGAUGUCUGCAAUAUUUCGCUCUUUGUUUCUCGUUCUGUUCAGCCUGCUGUCAGUGGGUGCCCAGACGGAGAUGAAGAAGGUCGUUGGGGACAAUGCCACCUUACCAUGCCACCAUCAGUUCCCGUCGUCCAGCUCUCUUGACAUCGAGUGGCUACUGCAGAAGCCAAACUCCAAACAGAAAGUGAUCAUUACCUUCUUUGGGGGCCAGGUGUACACCAAUGAGGCGACGGGCAGUGAGGCCAGCCGCCUGUCCUUUGCCGGGGAGUACCUGGGUGGAGACGCCUCCCUGCUGAUCAGUGACCUGCUGCUGACCGACUCCGGGGAAUACUACUGUAAAGUCAAGACUGGGGGAAAGUACCACUGGAGCCAGGUCAACCUCAUUGUGUUGGUCAAACCUUCCAAGCCGAGGUGCUGGAUGGAUGGCAAACUCCUUGAGGGCAGUGAUGUGAAGCUGAGCUGUAAGUCCAGCGAUGGUUCUGAUCCCAUCAACUACAAGUGGGAGCGAGUGCUGGACAAAGGCAAGAGUCUGGGCAAAUUGCCAAACCUGGCACUGAUAGAUCUCAAGAACCCAGAGAUUGUGACCCUGAGGAAUCUCACCAUGGACAGCACAGGUGUCUACAGGUGCACAGCCAGCAAUGACGUGGGAGAGGAAAACUGCACCAUUGAAGUCACAAUGCAGCAUGUGAGGGAUGUAGGUAUGGUAGCAGGUGCAGUGGUGGGAAUAUCCCUGGGUGUCCUCAUUGUCAUAUUAAUCAUCUGGCUCGUCUUCCGGAAGAAAGAGAAGAAGAAGUACGAGGAGGAGGAGACCCCAAAUGAGAUCAGGGAGGAUGCCGAAGCUCCCAAGGCCAAGCUAGUGAAGCCCAACUCCCUGUCCUCGUCCCGUUCCGGCAGCUCACGCUCCGGUGCCUCCUCCACCCAGUCCAUGGUGCACAACAGCGCCCAGCGUGGUCACCGCCCCCGCCCACCUGCCGUAGCAGCUCUCAAGGAAAAUGGACAGCCUCCAGGCUUCCCCCAGUCCCCUCCAGCCUACACCACAGUGGUGCCCCCCAAGACCCCCGAGCCCCCUGCAACUCCCAAAUACAACUCCAGGAACAUCUCUGGGCCCACACCCCCAACCCUCAUGGUCCCUGCCCAGACCAAGGCCUUUCAGACUGUGUAGGACUGAAAGCCAACCCCUUCCUUCAGCCAUGUGAGACUCCCAUCCUUGCCCAAACCCCUUAGCCCCCUCCAAAAGACUAAGACUCUUCCAUAAACAAAGAAAUGCAACUAGUUAAAAGGAUGUAAUUAAAAGAAUCAAUACUAUAAGUCCAAAAGUACUUUUAAUGAAUGCAUACAUAAAAAGGGAGAAUAAGACAUGCUUGCCCCCUACUGAAUUACAUAAAACAACAAAACAAAAGAAAAAACAAGACCCGAGAUGCAACACUGUUUGUGUCUCAUUGCUAAAGGCAGAACUUAUUUUCUGAGUUCCUUCUUUUGGCUUUUCUGAGGCAUAGGGAAGCACCAUGUGCAGUGAGGUGGAAGGAGCCCCCUAGUAGCACUUUUAUUUAUUUAUCAAAUCAAAGAAUUAGGCAUGCAGUGGAGAAAAAGAGGGGAAAACAGGGAAAGGCUGGAUAAUGAAGUAGAACUCUGAGUCAAGUACCAAUGGAGUCAUACAGCUGUUGUGCUUGGGUUGUCAACAAAUAGGAGAUGGAUACAAGCGGGGUGGAAACAAGGAGGAAGAAAGUACUGACAGCUGAAAGACAGCUACUGAUUUUUUCUUUUUUCUGGGAGAGGGUGGCGGGGCAUGUGGGGUGAUUCUCUGAUUCAUGUCACCCUGCACCUCCAACUAGCUGCUCCCAGCACCUGCUCUGAAACCACAAACCCCUUUGUCUCCCUGUGGGCUGGGCCCGAUUGUGCCCAUCCAUGUGGACAGACACAGUGCGCUGCGUGUGCAUCAUCUGCCUCAGUGCUCUCGGUCUUUCGUGCUCUCAUAACGGACCCGUGAGAAACCACAGCGGUCCUGAGAGUAACUCGGCUGACUCACAAACAGCUCAUCUGCUUUACCAAUCAGCAGGGGAAACUUCAGGUACAAGGAUGUUGCAUUGACAGUGGAGUCGAAUCAAUGGAGUUGUUACCCCCUCCCCUCCCACAUCCUCUCUACAUCUAUGGACAUCCUUUUCUGGUACUGAAUAUCUUCCCUGAAUUAUUAAAUAGUAUGUAUUAGGCCUAUAGCGAGUCAAUACUUUAAAUAUAGGGGUUAAGCAUCUAUUAGACCAGCUGGACUUGUUUUUAUUUUAUUUUGUUUCUGUUCUCCUGUGUCUCUUCUCUCUGAACAGGUUGUAAAGGGUGACAGACAGCCGUGUGUCCAUUCAUCCAUGUUAAAAAGUGCCACCAAUCCCUAGGAUGGGUUAUAUUUGUUGCUUUUUUACUCUUUUGUUUACCUGCUACAUUUCUGAACUGAAACCAAAAUCUGUCACCAUGAAUGUGUGAUGUACAACGAUGGUGGAUCCCAUUAUUUUCAGCUUCCUAUAAGGUGCGGAAUCAAUAUUCGAGCUACGGCACAAAGAAAUGACCUUGACGUUCAAUUUUACAAUUACUAUGUCUGAAUGAAGGGAGCGAGGAGUAUGAUUCUAGACUUAAAUUGUAUAGGGUGUGUAUGGUAUCAUUGUCAGUGCUCUCCCUGGAUCCAUAACAAUGGAGUGGCACUCGAUUGCUGUCUCGCUGAAUCACGGGGUCCUGCUUGGUUAUUGGUCGAGCUGUGCAAGCCAAUCCUCAGUUGUCGCAUCCUCCUACAGACCCAGUGCAGUUUGAUUGAAAGUAUCUGAAAAAAGGGCAAGUAGCCUAUCUAGUGUGCCUUUGCAAUCCCUCUUCCCUUUGAUGGUUUCUUUCUUUGUCCUUAUCUUCAGCACACCAGUGGUUAAGUCUCUGUUCACAUCCAGCUUUGAGGGUCAACAGUAGCAAAUGCUGAGAGAUACAACUUCACAAACUUGCCCUAGUAAUAACAGACGCAGCCUAGGGAGCACCAAGCAGAGUGAAUUAUCCAUGGUGAGAAAGCAAUCCCAUGCCAUGGGACAAUGUACUGUACAUUCUGUAAUCAGUCUUGUUUUAUAUUGUACAUACAGAUAGAUAUACGCACAUGAUGUCAUUUAAUUUAAUAAAUAAGGGUAUGUGAGGGGAGAUAUACCCCUUGCAAAAGAGUCAAAUGGGACCCAAAAGUGAAAUUAAACCUUGUGUCUUUUGUACACAUGUUGUGUUAAAAAAGUUAAGCCCCCUAUAAACAAAUAUUAUCAUAUGUAAUGGCAAAAAAAUAAAUUAGUGAUUAAAUUGAAUCCAAAGCAAGAUAUCUUCACUUUAACUAUUGGCCAGAUUCUCUUGAGUUUUUGUAUGGAUUUUAUCGAUCAGCUGGGAAUAAUUUCUUAGUGACCCCGUGACCUUAAGAACCACCAUUCCCUCUUGGCUAGAUAUUGGGCACUGACAAGCUAUUUCAAAAAGUGCCAAAUUUCCAUAAAAUCUGCUACGAGUAUUUAUAGUCAACACACAACCCUGACCUUUAAUCUGACACACCAUAUAGCUAAAAUUUCUACUUGUGCACGAGAUAGUUCCAUUGGCAGAUUGUCAUGAAGUUUUGUAAGCAUGCGUCAAAGGAAAUGAGCAGUUUUUUAUUUUAAUGCCUUUACUCUCAGGACAAACCUAACAAUUUAAGCUCCACUGUUGGUUCUAAGAGCAAAUUAUCAGUAUGCCCAACAAUUUAAUAUUAUAGCUCGUAAUUAUUAUUGCUAUUUAGAGACUUGUUUAGUCUUGUUUCACUUAUAAAUCACUCAUAAAUCUAAACUUUCUCUCACUACAGUAAAAAAUAGGUCACAUAAGAUGAAAAAACUCGUAAAACAACAUCUGCCCGAGAAGCACAUGUGGUUUGACUUCACAUGCGGGAUUUCACGUGUGACUUAACUGUAAGGGACAUAAUAAGAAAAAUGCCUUUUAUAUUCAACGAGAGACAGCAGUUCAUAUUUGAGCAGGGAAGCUACUGUGUGUGUGUGUGUGUGUGUGUGUGGGUUUGUGUGUUUGUUUGUUUGUGUGUCUGGGCGUGCGUGCUUGCAUGCAUCCGUGCAUGUUUGUGAAUGUGUGUGAGUGUGUAUGUGUGGGUGUGUGCAUGUAAAUUCAGUAUAAGCCCUUGGGCCACACCCACACAUCCUCAUGUUAGCCAUUCAAUGAGUGAGAGGGAAACAGUCAGGCAAAGUAACCUCUAUCCAAAUUGAUAUGACUGCAGACUGGCAGUGUUUAUUUUAGUUUUCACUGACUUAUAUGCCUAUUGCACUUGGCUUCACAGACAGCAGUCAUGUUUUUGCUUGUGGGGGUGGUGUCUCGAGACAAAGCACGUCCAUAAUUCAUAACUAUUGUCAGCUCUGGAGGCCACUUGUUUGCUCCCUCCCUGCUCUUGCUGUCUCUUAACAUAGAAUGCACGUGGCCCUGGGUGUACUGAUGGCAUCUCAAGGCGCACACAUGCACACACACACACACACUCAAUACAAACAGGUAAAAGUUGUAUAUACACACACAUCAACAGGUACACGUGGCACAUUCAGAUCCACACGGGUGUGUGCUUCAUGCACAGUCACAGUUGCACAUACACACGAGCACACACACACACACACACACACACACACACACACACACACACACACACAGGCACACACAGGCACACACAGUUUGCACAAACAAAAGCCCAAACAGCCAUCCUUGUUAUUUCGGCUCCUUCAGAAUCAAUUUGAUGGAUCGAAUGUCUGGAGGUAUUACGACUGACUGAUGGAACCAGGUUUCUAAAUGCAGCACAGAAAGGGACACUCUACACUGCAUCACCCAGGGGACACACACACACACACACACACACACACAUACACACACACACACACACACACAGAUAUACAAAAACAGCUACUGUAACAUAACACACACACAUGCAUGCACAUGCAUUCAGAAAGACAGACACUGCUAUGCAUUUUAAUAAUCUGGAUAGCAUAUGCGACUUUUUCAUGGGAAUCUGCAAGAGUAGCACUGGGAAUCAGGAGAGGUAUAACAGGAUUGAUAUUGAGCCAGGGCUGUAGGCCGUUGCCAUUGAAAUUCCCUCCACCACAGAUGAAAGUAGCAAUGGAGGUGGAGGGUGGGAUGCAAGUCUUCCAGCUGUUAAAUUCCUCCAACCUUUUUGAUUUGCUUUCCAGCAACUGCAAGUCUCAGGUGGCAGAUUCCCCAGUUUAUGAGCCCUCGCGUUGCAUCUCUCCUCUCAUGUGUGCAGCUUUGUGGCCUGACAAACUUGCGCUCUUUCCAACAAAUGAAUUUUAAGGCGCUUUUGUCAGUUCAGUGGAGAGUGGAGGAGGAAAGUCUUAACACACCUCAAAGUGUUAGCAGCACAUCCAAUACCAUUCUUAAAACAGUAACCAUCAGCACUAUAUAUUGUCUUAUUAUCAACACUCAAAGGUGCAGUAAACAUGAACCCAUUCAUGGUUAUCCUGCGUUAUAUGAUAGGAGUAUGAACCUCAUGUAGCCACAGUGUUUUACGUUCUAUUAAGCAGUUUUAUUUCUGAUUAAAACUGUCGAACAGGGCAAAGUAAUGCUCAGAUUUUGUGGUUUGGGGAAUGUGAUAUUAUUGCUUAUGAAAGAGGAGAUGGGUGGGGCUGUAGUCAACCUCAAGAGGAAAGCAAAGGUACCUGCAUGUCAUAGGAGAUUGAGCAGACGAAAGGGAAUGCUUUGCUUUGAUGUAACAUAACUGUAUUCGGCAAAAAAUAGUAAAAAAAAAAAAAAAAAAAAAAAAAAGAAAAUCUACAAUUGUAAAUAUAUUCACAGAAAAUUUUAUUAAGCUUUAUUUUUGUCUUCUUCUUUAUUUUGAAUUUAUCAUCCAUGUACUUUGCACUUUUUUGUGUGCUGUGCUCAUCACCAGCCUGUGUGGGUUCUGUGUGGUUGGCUGUUUCUCUUGACUGCAUUGUUUCAAUGUCAGGGGGAGAGACACUCAGCGCGGCGUUACUAAAGGGAAAUGUAAGACACUUUUGUUUUCUUUAAUCUCAUCUGUUUUUUCUGCCGUGGCUUCUCUUUUGGUUUUGUAAAACAGUACAGAAUUUUUUUUUGUUUGUUUGAUGAAAACAAUCCAUGUAAAUAUCACAAGUAAAAAAAAUGUAUAUUUUUACGACUUUUGAGUUAUUACUCUUUCAUUUGCAAAUAAAAUAUUCAAUGACAACUUA